UAAACGCACCCGACUAUGUUUUGCAUUGAUUCAUACAUCGACCGCGAUAUGUCACAUGAAUUUUAGACACAUACGCUGAGCAAGUUGUUCUUGACUGACAGUAUCGCAGAACACUUCCACCGUACCAAUAGUGUAUAGAAGAACAUUGGUUUAGGAAAAAAAUGGCAGCCUCAGCUAGGAUAUUUCGGCACGUGAAAGAUGGUUUGAAACUGUCAUCAGUGCGAAACUAUAGUGUGAAUCCGGAAAUUUACCAAUCAACACGGCCAAACUUGCGUUUGAAUGCCAACACAAAAGUGAUUGUUCAGGGUUUUACCGGUAAACAGGGAACGUUCCAUAGCAAACAAGCUUUGGACUACGGUACCAAAAUUGUUGGUGGUGUUUCACCUAAGAAAGCUGGCCAGGAGCAUUUGAAUUUGCCGGUAUUUGGUACCGUUCGCGAGGCGAGAGAAACAACAAAAGCCGAUGCUUCAGUCAUUUAUGUUCCUCCACCGGGUGCAGCCGCCGCUAUCUUGGAAGCAAUCGAAGCCGAGGUACCAUUGAUUGUAUGCAUUACUGAGGGUAUUCCACAGCAUGACAUGGUUCGUGUCAAGCAUGCACUAGUUCGUCAAUCGAAGAGCCGAUUGAUUGGUCCAAAUUGUCCUGGUAUCAUUGCACCAGAGCAGUGUAAAAUUGGUAUUAUGCCUGCUGCCGUUCACAAGAAAGGUAUCGUAGGUGUUGUAUCUCGAUCAGGUACCCUCACCUAUGAAGCGGUUAACCAAACCACUGAGACUGGCUUGGGUCAAACCCUCUGCGUUGGUAUUGGUGGUGAUCCAUUCAACGGAACCGAUUUCAUCGAUUGCUUGGAAGUAUUCUUAAAAGAUCCAGAAACAAAAGGUAUUAUUUUGAUUGGUGAAAUCGGUGGUAAUGCCGAAGAAAAAGCUGCCGACUACUUGUUGCAACACAACCAGGGUAUUCGCGCUAAGCCAGUUGUUUCAUUCAUCGCUGGUUUAACGGCUCCUCCAGGUCGUCGUAUGGGUCAUGCCGGUGCCAUUAUCUCCGGAGGCAAAGGCGGUGCUCAAGACAAAAUCGAUGCUCUCGAAAAGGCUGGCGUUAUUGUUACCCGGAGUCCAGCUCAAAUGGGCCGUGAAUUGCACAAAGAAAUGAAACGACUGGAAAUGAUAUAAAGCAAAUGACAAACUUUUCAACACCAACCACUUGAUUUACGUCAUUAAUCAAUACCUAAUCAUCGAUUCUCCUUUCGAUGGAAAGACAAGAACCCCUGUUCAAUCAAAACAUCAAUAAUUGGACAUAUCACGGUUUGUAAUCAUAUAAAUCAAUCAUCAUUCUGGAGCUCUCCUCCUUCAAGUUAUUCAUUCGAAUUUAACAUCACUGGCUAGUGAACACAACGGCGCCUUCUUGGGAUAUGGAAAUAUAUUUAAAAAUCUGUAUAUAAAAUGAAAAUGGUUUUUUUUUCCAAAAAUGACUACUUUUGGAUAUUAGAAAAUAAGAAACGUAAUCUUUCGUAAUACAUAUUCAAAGUAGAUAUAUUUUCCAUUCUAUAAUACAUUCAAUAAAACCACUAUU